CGCCCCCAAACCCCGGCCCGACUUUAAAAUUCACCCAACCCACCCUCCCCACCUCUCGCCCUUCCUCCGUUUCCGCACCGCCGCCGCCGCCGCCGCCCCGCGCGAUGCCUCGCCGUAACGGGAAGAAUGCAUCUGGCUCCGGCGGCAGUCUUCGCCGCCGGCGCGACGACGACGACGACGAGAGCGUCCCCUCCGAUAACACCUCCGACUCCGACUUCGUCGCCGAUAUGGAGGACGAGGUGGCGGACGACGACGAGGAGUUUGCCUCCGAUGAAGAUGCCCCCGCGCCCGCGGUGGUGAUCGAGGUGGUGGCGCCGCGUCCGGUGCUGUCACCACGGCCGCCCAAGUCCAAGUCGAGGCGGAAGAAGAAGAAGGGGAAGCGCGACGAGGACGGUCCGCCCCUGCCGUGGGAAGAGUGGGAGGAGGCUAAUACCAAGUGGCUCGACGAGCGCGCCGGGGCAGUGGAGGAGACGGACGCCCCGGCCGCUGGGGUGGUGCCGACCGCGGAGCCGGCCCCGGAGGUGCUGCUCCAGCUGCUGCGUUUCCAGAAGGAGUGGCUCGCGUGGGCCCUGGCGCAGGAGGCCUCGGUUUCGCGCGGCGGCAUCCUCGCCGACGAGAUGGGGAUGGGGAAGACCAUCCAGGGCAUCGCGCUCGUCCUCACCGCGCGCCGGCUCCGUCCCCCCGGCUCGCCCCCGCCCUCGCCACCGUCCUCGUCACUGGCCCCCCCGAUGCGCCGGGUAGGGUGCACCCUUGUGAUCUGCCCCGUGGUGGCCGUCAUCCAGUGGGCGCAGGAGAUCGAGCGGCACACGGCCAAAGGCAGCGCGCGCGUGCUGCUCUACCAUGGCGCUCGGCGGGGCUCUCAGAAGUACGAUUUCGACACCUUCGACUUCGUGGUCACCACCUACUCCACCAUUGAGGCGGACUACCGGAAGCACAUAAUGCCACCCAAGAUUCGGUGUGACUACUGCAAUAAACAGUUUUACCCCGAGAAGCUGAAGAUUCACUUGAGAUAUUACUGUGGGCCCGAUGCUCUUCGUACUGAGAAGCAGGCGAAGCAGACGAGCAAGAAGUGGGCUGACACCAAAGUGAAGGGGAAAGGGAAGGGGAAAGGGAAGAGGAAAAGUGGUAGUGAGGAGGAGGAGGAUUUUGAGGAAUUGGGUACCAAAUCCAGGGGCAAGUCACCUCUACACUCAGUGCGGUGGGAGCGGAUUAUCUUAGAUGAGGCUCACUUCAUAAAAGAUAGACGAUGCAAUACUGCAAGGGCAGUUUUUGCAUUGGAAUCGGAAUACAAGUGGGCUCUGAGUGGGACACCAUUGCAAAAUCGUGUUGGAGAACUUUACUCGCUGAUUCGCUUCUUGCAAAUCUUUCCCUACUCGAACUACUUCUGCAAGGACUGUGACUGUCAGAUACUAGAUACCAAUAUGAAGAAAAAAUGCGACUGUGGUCACUCAUCCGUCAGGCACUUUUGCUGGUGGAAUAAGUACAUAGCGACACCAAUAUUGUAUGGAUCCGCGAGUUUUGAGGGCAGAAGAGCCAUGACUCUUCUCAAGGAGAAAGUCUUGAAGGGCAUAGUGUUAAGGCGGACAAAAAUAGGCCGAGCUGCAGAUCUUGCUCUUCCACCAAAGACUGUGACAUUGAGGCGGGACUCUUUUGAUAGAAAUGAAAUGGAAUUUUAUGAAGCCUUAUAUACUCAAAGCUGCACGCAGUUUGAUUCGUAUGUUGUUGCUGGAACGUUGCUGAACAACUAUGCACAUAUCUUUGACCUCCUCACGAGGUUGAGACAGGCUGUCGAUCAUCCAUACCUUGUUGCAUUUUCCAAGACAGCAGAAUCUCGGGAAGGAUGCAAAAAUCAACAAAAUGGUGCCAUGGAAAGCCAGUGUGGAAUAUGUCAUGAAUUGGCAGAAGAUGUGGUGGUUACAUCUUGUGAUCAUGUAUUCUGCAAGACUUGUUUGAUGGAGUACUCUGCAACUUUGGGGAAUGUUUCAUGUCCAUCUUGUUCAACGCCUCUUACUGUUGACUUAACAACAGAAAACUCGAGACGAAAGGUCCCUGCAAAUUUGAAGGGUGGCAAACGCUCAGGAAUACUAGCCAGACUACAAAGCCUAGCAGAUUUCAAGACAAGUACGAAAAUUGAUGCAUUGAGAGAGGAAAUAAGAAACAUGAUUGAGCAUGAUGGUUCUGCAAAAGGGAUUGUUUUCAGCCAGUUCACAUCGUUCUUGGAUUUGAUUGAAUUCUCCCUGCAGAGGUCUGGCAUCAAGUGUGUGCAACUUAAUGGGAAAAUGAACAUGGUGGAGAAGGGGAGAGCUAUAGAUACCUUCAUAAAUGACCCAGAUUGCAGGAUUUUCCUGAUGAGCCUGAAAGCGGGAGGAGUAGCUCUUAAUCUUACUGUGGCAUCUCAUGUUUUCUUGAUGGAUCCUUGGUGGAAUCCAGCAGUGGAGAGCCAAGCGCAGGAUCGAAUCCACCGAAUCGGACAAUUCAAGCCUAUUAGAAGCACGAGGUUUGUGAUCAAGGACACAGUUGAAGAGCGCAUCCUACAACUGCAAGAGAAGAAGCAGCUUGUGUUUGAUGGCACCGUGGGUGACUCGCCAGAGGCCAUGUCGAAGCUUACAGAGGCUGACCUGAAGUUCCUGUUCCAGAACUAGCUCGUCUUGUUUCCCCGAUGAUGUUCCCGGAGCCGCGUAGGAAGGAGGAAUACAUACAUCCGUCAGGCAGCGCCCGAGGCCAGCAGCAGGACGCUUGCCUCGCAUAUUGACUAUAGCAUGCUGUUUACUUUUCUAGCCAGCCCUAAGGGAUCAUGAGUUUUGGAUGGCGUACUCUGUAGUUUUGGUCUUGGGAACAACAUGGGUUCUAUCCAGUUUACUUGUUUGGGAA